AUGUUCACUUCGGCGUGGCCUAAUGUGUCCGCGGCCCGUCUUUGUGAGCCGCUUGCGCGCCCUAAUGAGCCGGCAGGGGUGCGAGGCCUCAUGUCGGGAUCGCGUGACGCGGAAUGGGCCCCCGCUGCGUCUCGCCGCUUGGCGCCGCUCGCGAGAUUCGAAUCCGCAAUGACGUGCGUCCAACUCGGUCUCGAGUGUCCGAUGACGUUUGACUGCGCCCAUCUGGGCGUGAAUGAGCAAUUCCCGUAUCGGUGGGAAAGCGCAAGGCGGCCCGCUUGGGAAGUUGCCCUAAUAAGUUCCGACACUGUCGACGUUCCGCCUGUU